GAAGCCCUGGGGCUCCUCCUACUUCCCGGUCUGCUCAAAAGCACAGGAGGCAGCAGCUGAGGAGUGAAAAGAGCAGGAAAUAGAGCAGCAGCAGCAGCAGCAGCAGACGACAUCUGAAACACACCAACGUCAGGGACUGAAUCGGCUCGCACACUCACGGCCUCCUUCUCUCCACAUCCUGUCCUGUCUCUGAUAUUCGACUGGUGUUCCUGGCAAGCUGACAAGACCGAUUGAUCUCUCAGACGUGCAGCAAAGAUGGCCUCCGUCGCUCCGUUCAGCCGCAGGCAGUGGGCGUCCCAGUCGCUGAGGGUCACCGCCAAGGAGCUGUCCAUCGUCUCCACCCGGGGUAAAAACAACGCCAUCGCAGAGCGCUUCUCCAAGUACCAGAUGGCAGCAGAGGAAGGCAAUGCAGAGAAGAAGAAAGCGGUUGUGGAGCCUCUACCCUCCACAGUGCGCAGCGGGAAUCUGAGUGUUUUAAAGAAACGCUGGGAACAACAACAACAGACCCAAUCGACAGGCCCCAAACCUGCACCCACAACACAGAUCAACAACCAGUCCGACUGCCCGAAAACCACCACCUCUCGAGACCUGGACACUGAGCCGGAGACGCAGGCUCCCUCUGAGACCGGCUGCUACCAGCUGACUCGACCCGAGGAUCUGACCGACAUGGAGACGAAACCCAGCCCAGAACCGGAGGGGCAGGAGGGAGCCGCGGCAGCAGCUGAAGUUCCUGACUCCGAGAAGCCCAGCGUUCCUCUCAACAGCCUCAAGAUGAUGUUUGAGAAGGGGGAGAACCUGACCAACAAGGUGUCCAGAGAGCAGACAAGUAGAGGACACAACAGUAACGCUGCCAACAUGGACCAGCUGCUGGGAGAUGGAAGUCUUGCAGAGUCCACUCCUCUCCGGGACAGGAUGGCCCUCUACCAAGCAGCCAUCUCCAAGCAGGAAGUCCCUCCCUCCUCAGUCAGUAGUGAUCAGCUGGACAGUUUCAGUGGGAAGCAGCAGAAGGAGAACGUCCCUCCCUGCACUCUGGACAUGAGUCCAGACUCCGAGCCAAACAGCAGGAAAGUUUUCACCUCCGAGAGCAACGGCUCUGCUGCCAGCAGCCCUGCAUCCUCCAAUCAGAGGGAGUCUUCUCAGCCCAAGACCUCCAAGAGCUUCCGCCUGCCCGUCAGGGAGACCUGUGUGUCGUGCACAAAGACUGUCUAUCCUCUGGAGAGGCUGGUGGCCAACCAGCACGUCUACCACAGCUCCUGCUUCCGCUGCUCACACUGCAACACCAAACUCAGCUUGGCAAACUACGCCUCCCUGCACAACAGCGUCUACUGCAAGCCGCACUUCUGCCAGCUCUUCAAGGCCAAAGGCAACUACGACGAGGGCUUCGGCCACCGGCCCCACAAAGAGCUGUGGGAGAGCAAAGGGGAGAGUGGUGAGAACUCGCCUCAGACCAAGCCCAAGACCCAGAGCCCAGUCCCGGGCUCAGACAUGGACAGCCCCACUGUGGAGGACUCCCCGCUGGCUAAAGUCAAUGUGCUGACAGCCACUAUGGAGGCUCUGGGACAGGGAUCAUCAGAGAAGGCUGACAGACCCGCUGAGACCCGCAGGCUAAAGAUCUCCUGGCCGCCACGAGCAGAGCUGGAGGACACGACCAGUCGUGGCGGAGGCCAAGCCAUCACAGAUGGGGGCUCUGCCAGCAAGCCCAUCAGGCCCAAGUGGCCCCCAGAGGAGGACUCCCCCUUCUCAGCCCCUGAAGAGGCCAGAGAGACGGCCUGCCUGCGCCGGAGCUCCUCCCUGAAGGAGCGCAGCUUGCCCUUCACACUGGCAGAACCAGCCAGCAGCUCUCCUGCUCCUGAGGCCAGAAAACCGAGUCCGCCUCCUCCUGCGGACGACCGAGAGCUCAGUCCCGAACCCUCCAGCAUGGAGCUGCAGCAUGGUGGCCAGUCGUCAGACAGCCAGACACCCACUGAGGACAGCUGCGUGGACGUUCACACCAGCUCGGGAGAGGAGGAACAGGAAGGGGAGAUGAAGGGUGAAAUCAUGUCAGACCAUCAGCUCACCAAAGAGGAGGACGACACUCCGGAUGUACAGGAGGAGGAGGAGGAGGAGGAGGAGGAGAAGAUGGAGGAGGAAGAUGUAGGUGUGCUGGAGAAGGAGACGCCAACAGACAUCUCGUCUGCUGAAGGAGAGGUGGAGGCCAGCCGGUCGUCUCAGGAUGUGGGCUUCUGGGACAGCGAGGAGGUGGAUGAUAAGGAGGAGGAGCAGCAACAGGAGGAGCAGGUGCUGUCUGUGGAGGAAAUGAUCAAACGAAACCGAUACUACGAGGAGGAGGAAGAGGAGGAGGAGGAGGAUGUAUAGACUGACUGAUAUACAACGGACACUUUAGAAGACUUCUUGCCAUUAACUCUCUUUUAGCUGUUUUCUUCUUCGUAGCAGAGUUGCUGCAGUGUGAACUCUUUGUGCCUCUUCGAACACUUUUUGAAACUUCUGAAGCCAUUCCCACGAGACCUUUGUACAAGACGUUUGGAGAACGUGUCGCUCUGACAUCAAAUGGCAGGAAAUGAAUAUUUUUUUGAACAGGAAUGUCUGAAGACUUUCGUAAUUUUCUAUCAGUUACAUGUUUCCUCUUACAGCUAAUGUAGCUCUCGUCACCGGAGUCACGUUUAGUAAGAAGAGACGAGAUGUGCUGACGGAGUUUAAGAAGGCGAAGGCCAGCGCUUUGUUCUGUCACUGUUAUUCCAAAAUAAUGGCUUUGCUUAGUUUUCAACAGUUUCUGUCACUUUUCUUUUCAGUUGCCAUUCUGUAUGUAUCUUCAACUAAAAAAAAAAAAAAGACUUUUGUUCCUUUGUUUUAUAUAUAAUAACUGGAAAAUGUUGUUUUUUUAAAUCAGGGGACCAAAUAUCUUAGAUUGCUACUGUUUAAAUAAAUUGUUAUAUACAAAA